AUGGCGAAAUCGAUUAGUCAUUUGAUUGAGGAUAAUGAAUACACUCAUGACUUGGUGUAUGAUUUAGAAAGAGAAGAACUACAACAAAUCUUAGAAGCUGUUAAUCUGAACAUAAUAUCUAGUUCAAAAAUAUUUUUACUUUCUGUAAAUGGACAUCAAUGUAGUUUACCUAUAUUAAAAAUCCUAUCAAACUCUGGAAUCCUUCCGUGGCGAAACAAUGAUCCUAUAGAUAUUACUCAACAAACACAUUUAAGAAAAAAAUGUUUACAAAACACAUUAGAAAUUACAUGGUCAGAAGAACCACACAAAUAUAUAGGUUGUGUUUAUAUGGCCCAAAAAUUGACUUUCAAGGAUCUGCUCGUAGAACUUAAAAAAAGACCCAAACGUGCCUCUGAUAAAACUAAAGUACUUAUAAAAGAAUCAGUGGAAAAUGAUGGUGAUAUGCUUGUAGAAUUCCUGAUUGCAUCUAUUAAGGAUCCAUUAUCUAAAAUAAGAAUGAAACUUCCUGCUCGAGGUGUAGACUGUAAACAUUUACUGUGUUUUGAUGCAAUACAAUUCUUACAGAUGAAUGAACUAAAGCAAACAUGGAAAUGCCCAAUAUUUCAAAGUAAAGAUUUAACAGAAGAAUGUGAUAAUGUUUUUUUGUUCAAAGAUGGCACAUGGUCUGAGAGAAAAAAUAGAGAAUUCUCAAAAAAUGCUAUAACAAAUGCCAGUCGAUCUACAAAAAAUAUAGAAAAAUUUACAAUGUCAGAUUCUGAUGAUGCAGAUAAUAGUAAUAGGAUUCUAGACAAUGUUGAUAAUGAUGAGAUUAUUCCAAAACAAAAACGUAUAAAAUGUAAUCCGUCAAAAGUGUAA